AUGGAUCGACGUGAAGAAUACCGCGAGGACAUGAGCAGUCCCCGAAGCUAUGCCGAUAGCCAGUGGAGCCCACCUUCGCACUUCCAGGAACACAAUCAGAUAUACCCAGUCGAUGGUUCUUCACAACCCUACCCCAACUCGAACACCUCGCCAGCAGUCUCACCCCCACUACCAUAUGAGCAAGAGUACCACCAGUCUCCACAGCCGCAGAACUACGAGGCAUACAAAGAAGGGUAUUCGACAGAGAAAGAGACUCCGUAUAGCACACUCGACCCAAUAGGCACGCCUACUCCAGACUUCUCCGGACCUCAAGUAGUGCCCGGCCAGUUCAGUCACUACCCUCAUGGAGGCCGACCAAUGUCACCUUCAUCGCAUGGAGGCACUACCAUCACGUCUCCAAACAUCCGGCCCUACGGUUUCAAAGAGCAUGUCGACUCGUAUGAGAGUUAUCAUGAACCUGCCCCUCCAGUGCCACCAAAAGACGAUCGGAGAUGCGGCAUGAAGAAGCGCCUGUUCUUCAUCCUCAUCGGGCUCGGUGUCCUUGCACUCAUCGGUCUUGGUUUGGGACUCGGUCUGGGCUUGGGUCUAAGGAAGAAGGAGUCACAUAAGGACGUUGUUCACCCGUUCUGUCGCGAUAACCCUGAGUCAUGCAUUGGGGGUUCUCUCAACGCCGAAUAUUUGUCGAAAAAGGGUGUAUUCAACGGCACUGGUAUCGCUCUAGCUGGAGAGUCGUGGAACAAAGGCCAACGACGAAUCUUCACGCUUUACUUCCAGCAUCAUACAGGCGACAUCCGGUUCAUGCAAUAUACCACAGACAGGCAAUGGGUCGGCGGAACCAAAGCUGAAACUGUAGCUAGCGACGCGAAGGACGCAUCGCCCAUAUCCGCGGUCGCGUUCGCCACCAAUGAGACUCAAUAUUUUCACAUCUUCUACAUUGAUAGAAACAACACGGUCAAGCAGCUCACGCAAUCUAACAUCACCGACAUCUGGGAACCCGGACCACUCAGCAAGCUCAAUCUUAAAGCCUUCGAUUCGCCGACCACCGGUCUGCAGGCCUGCUGGAAAGGCAACUUCUAUGGAGAUUCCGACUUCUCAAAAUUCCCUACUGCUUCUGGUCUCAACAAUACAGACCCAUUUGCGGACCAAAAGGGCAUGGACAUCUGGUUCGCCACCGACGAGUCGACCUUUGAGCAAUAUGCUUGGUACAGCGGCCAAAAAGAGGACACUUGGGUACCUCUUAAAAGAUGGUCUGGCUUCAAUGGCCACGCCGGCGUAGGCUGCUACAGCUGGGGCACAGGUACCACAACGUACGCCAUGCUAAACAACCAAAACAACGACGUGGAGUUCUGGUGGAAAGACGUGAACGAGAAUGUCACGUCCACGGAGUCGCACCCCACUAACUCGUGGCAAAACGCCAGCAUGGGCACCAUACAGGACGUGUAUCCCAUUACGUCUCUGGGCUACACGACGUACUUCUAUGCGCAAAUGGCCGAUCGAAGUAUCAAAGGGUAUAACGUUACGUAUCAAGCUGAGAAUACGACGUUCCUCGAAGACGAAACGUUUGCCAUUACUAAUCCUGCGGGGCCGGUUCUAGGACUUGGUGGCACACAUCUUACCGUCACUGCAUUUGCUGAGAAGCAAGGGGAGAAGACGUUGUGGGAUAGUCUGUAUGUCUUUUAUCAGACGAAGGGGGAUGAUAUUACAGCCUUCACGCGACGAUUGAAUGGCGGCGAGUGGAAUCAGGGUGUUUUAAGCAUUCCGGAUGAGUAG